UUUCUUCAAGUUUUUUUUUCACAUGAAGUGCAAACAAACACCAACCACUCUCGCGAGGAUAAAAAAUAUUAUUCACAAAGCCAGGUGUUGCUGCUGCUUCCUGUUUCAGAAAUCGCUCUGCCUCAGCAGUACUUGCUGUUAUGUAGUACGAACUUGAGGACUGUUACGAGCAGGCAGCAACAGCAACUUGACCAUGCCAUGCCUAUGGCAUUGGUUGAAUCGGGCUACAAUUGGCAAUGCGUAGAAUAUUUUUGUUGACAUCUGAAAUUCUGUGAUUAUGGACUUGUGAGAAAGAAGACCGCUGCUGCAUCUGUCGUUCUUCGUUUCAUGGUGGCCUAGGCGCUAUUGCCGCGAGUUGCGAAACAGCGAGAGAAGAGAUCAACCGCGGUGUCUCUGUGGCGGCACCGUUGUUCCACGCGUCGGAGUGUUCUGCAAUAGCGACAAUAUUCCCAUUGCCAACUGCCUGUGCUCGUCGUGUCUCCGGAAGCGUUUUGGGGAGCUGAGCAAGAGUAGUGAAGGACCGGUUUCGAGCGGAGGAGAGGUAAAGCUGUGUAAGCGAGUUGAUAAAUAUUUUCGAGUGCAUCUUGCAACGUGUGUUACACCCGCAUCGUGUUAUUUAGCCGUCGAUAGCCGACUAUAAUUUUUUUCUCCACCAAAGUUUUUACGGUAUCACGCUGGAAAACGUGGCUGUGCUGAACCAGCACACCUUCUGGCUCCUACUGUUUGCAAACAGCGGAGUCUGCUGCAGCGAGUUGUCAGGAGGUGGGCAGCCCACCGUCCGUGGUCCUUCUGCAGGGCCGGCCGUGCACUGUGUGUGUGUACACUGUAGGAUUUGUAGCCGAACGGCCGGACUAUAACCCAAAAUAACUAAGGAGGUGGACUAACACCAAGAGGAUGGCUACGGGCUCGCCCUGUGGAAUGCAGGGGCGGCGCGUGGAGUACGCGGACUAUCGCGACCGCCUGCAGCAGAACCACGAUCUGCUGGCGAGGGACCUGGAAGUGGACGAGGUGGUCGACCUGCUGUACGCUCGCGGCGUCUUCACGCUGGACGAGAUGGACACCAUUCGGGCGCCCGACACACGCCUGAAGCGCACCACUCGCCUGCUAGCGCAGCUGCCCGGCAAGGGCCCGGCGGCGUUUGGCCAUUUCCUGGACGCGCUGGAGGAGCCGUUUCCGGACCUGCGCGAGAUGCUGCUCUGCGACCUCAUCGUCUCGCAGGAAGACCAGCAGAAAUACAUCAGCCGUAUACUCACCACUGGCCAAGUUCCAGCACGACCCGAGUACUUUGCUGAUCGGCCGGAGGAGGUCCUGAAGGUCCGCGAUGCGCUGGCAGUUCUAAAGGACGAGGAUGGAUUCGUGGUGUUGUACGGUAUGGGCGGCUCGGGCAAAUCCAUGCUAGCAUCUGAAGUCCUCCGGGAUCACAACUUGCUUCUGGACUACUUUCCCGAUGGAGUAUUUUGGCUGACAAUCGGUCAGAUUCGUACGGAAGACGGACAGGUUGAUUCGGCGAAGCUGCUCAUGAAGAUGCAGAACUUAUGCGCUCGGCUGGAACGUGAGCCAGCUGAGCGACCGCCGAACAUUGAAGCGGCACACGACCGCUUGUUCAAGAUCUUCUCCGAGUCCUACGGAAGGGCAUUGUUGAUCCUGGACGAUGUCUGGAGUCAGGUGGUAGCCAGGGCGUUUGCUGUGCGCUGCCGCUGCCUGGUGACAACGCGCUUUGCCGGUGUUGCCAAUCAAACGCGUGCUCCUCACGUGGUGGAGAUUCAGCUGAAGUCAGGGUUUACACUGGAUCAGACACUGACGGUGUUUAGCUAUUUAACCCAGAUACCCGAACAGCAGCUACCGCCGGAAGCUAAGGAGAUGCAUGAGCAGUGCCAAGGUCUGCCUCUAGCGGUGGCCAUGCUCGGCGCACUACUGAAGCCCGACCCCAAGCAGCUACGCUGGCACUACUACCUGAAGCAUCUGCGCGACAAGAAGAUAUCGCGCAUCCGCAGCACGUCGAGUGACACGUCCAACUUCGACUCGCUGAGCGCCUCAAUGGCGGUCAGCGUGGAUGCACUGGCCGACAUCGAUCGAGAGCUCUACGAAUACUACACAAUGUUUGCUAUCUUUGACGACGACCCGCUUAUUAGCUCCCAGGUGUUGGCUGUGCUCUGGGGUAUGCGGGACCCGGUGGAGGUCGAGGUCAAGAUGGAUCGGGUGCUGGAGAUGUCGCUCGCACGCAAGCUGCCUGCAACUCAGGUACAGCUGAAGCUGAAGUCGCGCGGCAGCAUUCCCCCACACUAUCGGCACUCGCCGUCGUCAGGGGCCAACUCGCAAGGCGACUCGCAAAGCUCGGACAAACUCCUGACGCCGGCAGCACGUUCAUAUUUAGUAGCCGCCAGUACGCGAGACAACCUGGGCCGGGAGAGAAGCCUGAGCAUCACUCAACUGGACUUUGCGCAUUACAGUGUGCAUGAUCUGCAAUUAGAUUAUCUCAAGGAACAGCUGGUGUCUGACGAACAGCGGCAGGAGUAUCACAAGCGUCUGGUCGAGGGAUACUCGCGCAAGUGUGGGGAUCGCUUCCACGAACUACCCGAUGACGGGUAUGUGCAUCGCUAUUUGGCCUUCCACUUGAUGGAAGCUGAUAUGGGCUCUCGCUUGUGUUCUCUACUGGUUGACCUUCGCUGGAUUGAAGCCAAGCUGCUGCAUUGUGGGGCUGACGAUCUGCUCAACGACUUCAUGCGAUUCAUCGAGCACGAGAAACGCUGCAAGUUGGCUGCAGAGGUGCCAGUUGUGCAGCCCAGGAGAAGACCAGGAAGACGAGCUACCAAGCAGAACCUAAGCCGGCCUACAUCCGUUGAUCCAAAGAUCGUUGAAGAGGUGCAGGUCUACCAGCGCUUCAUCAGCAUACACGCACAUCGCCUACUGGAGGACAAGAACGUCAGUGUCAUCCAGCUAGGGCUGAGUCAGCCGCAGAGCAGCAUUGUCUAUCAGCAAGCACUGCAGGUGGCGCAGCGCGAGGCGAAGCACGGCGCCUUCUACGUUCGACUGUCCAAUGCCAGUGAGGACGUUGAGUCGCAUCACCUGACUGUGCGGUUGCACCAGCAAGCCGUACUGGACGUCAAGUGCAGUCCAGACACCAUGCUGGCUGCAUCCUGCUCAACUGAUCUAUCCGUCAGGCUGUGGAACCGAGUCACCGGUGCCAUGGUGGCCACCAUGGAAGGUCACGAGAACUACGUGACGGCGUGCUGCUUCAACCCCGUGGACACGUCCGAGAUCGUCUCCGCCAGCGAGGACGGCACCGUGCGGGUGUGGUGCAUCGACAGUGGCCGUGACUCGUCGGCCACACAGCUGCGUGAGCAUCGCGACGACGACUCUUACUACACAUGUGCGGAUGUCUCGCCAGAUGGAGAAUGGUGCGCCGUGGGAGAUCUAGAAGGUUGCUUGAAGGUUCUCUUCUUGGCGACAUGUCGGGUGGAGCAUAGCGUGGAGGGCCACGACGGUCAGAUCUACGGCUGUGCGUACAGCAGCAAUGGAAAGUACAUUGCCACGGCGUCAGCGGAUGCCACUGCAAAGAUAUGGCUGGCGGCUGAUCUGAGCGAGGUUGCGACGUUCACCAAUCACAAGCUGCUAGUGUAUGGCUGUGCGUUUGCACGGCACUGCGACCGCCUCGUCACUUGCUCUGGUGACUACACGCUCAAGGUGUGGCCAGUAGCACAAGGCAGUGGUGACGAGGAGCUAGCCACUAUGUCCCUGGAGGGUGUGGCAGUCAUGACCUGCACAUUCUCGCCGGACGACAAGUUCAUUGUGUCCGGGGCCAUCUCCGGCAUGGUCCAUGUAUGGGACGGUAGCAGUUAUGAACAUCUCUACAGUCUGGUGGCACACAACAGCUGGGUGCAUUCGCUGUCGUUUGAGCCCCACGGCAAGAAGUUCAUCACCUGCUCCGACGAUUGCACCUGCAAGGUGUGGGAGCUGUCAGAGACUGCACAUCGCGACAUGGUACAGUACGAUCGUCGUCUAGACCUGUUUGUCGACGAGGAUUCGGCAGCACUGACCCUGACGUGUCUGAACAAAGGAACGAAUGAACUCACGAUCAGCCGUGGCUUCUCAAUGGACGUCGUGGGCAGGCACAGCUUUGGCGGCGAGGCAGUCAUCAAGAGCUUUGCUCUGGCCAGCGAUCUUGGCACGGUUGCGUAUGCGUCGACUACGGGUCGCGUCAGGAUUGCGGAAACAUCAGCAGGAGUACGCAAUGUUGAGUCUACCGUCGCGGAUGCCGAUCACAUCGUGGCCCCGGCUAGCGAAGGUGCAGUGACCACACCGGAGAGUGCUCUGCUCGUUGAUGACACGUCCAUACAUCACGAUGAAGUCAAGAUUGUUCAGUUCUCACCGGACAAUCGCUUCAUGGCAACGGCUAGCACUGAUGGCAUACAGGCGGUUUGGUCGGUAGAUGGUGGCAAUACGCGCUUGCUCUUCUCGCUCACGGACAGCAUGGCAUCGCGGCAUGUUCCCUUCGUCUUCUUCCGGACGCGCCCGUGGCUGCUCACCACAGACACCAGCGGAAUGAUGAAGGUGUAUAAUUUAGAAGGUGGUAGCGAGAUCGUGGCCUGGCAGUCUGGUGAGGAGGGUCAGCCACUCUCCAUGGCCAUGGCUGACGACGACAAAUACGUACUCGUGGCCGUGAACAAAGUACUCCGGAUCUGGCUGACAACCGAUCUGACUAGUAAAAAGAAGCUAGCUACUGUAGGGGAACUUGAAGGCCACAAGGAUGUGAUUCGAAGCUGCACGAUAUCGCCAGAUGGGAAACGCAUCGCCACGGGCUCGGAUGAUCGCAAUGUCGCCCUGUGGGAGACGGAAAGGUUCUAUCAAGUGAACAAGAUGAAAGUCCGUUUCUCUCUUAGCUGGAUUGUCGACAUAGAGUUCUCCUCAGACUCCGAGAUUCUGGUCGCUGUCAGCGAUCGCAUCAAGUUCUGGUCGGCAGCGAACGGAGAUCCACUACGCACAGUGCACUUGGCAGGAGCUUUCACUAAGUAUAUCCGGACCGAUCCGCUCUUCUCCACGUUCGCCACCAUCGACGACAAGGGAGUCCCCUAUCUGCUGGAGGCAGUCUUUGCAGAUGAUGCGGCCGAGGUGGAUAUGGAGCCGUAGGCUAGUAGCAACAGCAACGCGAUUUGAGUGGAUACGUGAGGAAUUUCCUCCCUUUGUUUUGUUUUGCGUUAAAGUGGCAUGGUGCUUGUUCACUGUGAUGAACAGUGCUGGCCUUCUUACCCACACUUGAUUUCCCGGCCAGAUUGUUUUUAUUACUAAAAAAAAGUACUUUCUGAUCCGUGAUUGUGGUUUACACUAAAAUUGAAGCUUCUGACACACUCACACACAGAUUACAUUUCCUUUCUAUUGCAAAUGUUCACAGUUUAGUUUCAUUUCAAGUGAAUAUCCAGCGAUGUGAGCGGUGUAUUUUCAGGCGUUUUUUAACUUGUUCUUAGGUGAUGUUUACAGAUUUUCCUGGCCUUGAAGUUCCUAUUAUUUUCCCUUCAUCAGAUUGCAGAAAAUCCAAAGAACCUGGACCAAUGGUUUUCAUUCGA